AUGUCUUCUCCUGCUAGAAGGGACUGGGGCACCCACGUUUCCACACUCGAUAAGCCCGUACCUCGCCUGGCCGCAAACAUCGCAUUUGGCCCUAUCGCCGUCCGCGACCCCCACGCUUCCCCCCACUGUCUCUCACACACCCCCCUACGCACACGCCCACGUUUCUCCUCCCCGCGCGACAUCCUCUCGCCUCCCCGCGCGCUCCUAUCGCCUCCCCGCGCGCGCUCUUCUCGCCUCCCCGCGCGCGCUCCUCUCGCCUCCCCGCGCGUGCUCCUCUCGCCUCCCCUCGCGUGCUCCUCUCGCCCCCCUGCGCGUGCUCCUCUAGUCUGCGUGCUGAACCCUCGCUGCCUCUCCGCAAAACCCUCCUUGCACGCCCUUUAUUCCCCACCUUUACGCCCUCAUUUCCCCCUCUUCCACACCCUCAUUUCCCACCCUGCUUGCCGUCGUUUCCCCACCUUGCACGCCCUCAGAAAACCCUCCUGGCACGCCCUCUCAUCCCCACCUGUCCGCCCUCGUUUCCCCCUCGAUUGCUGUCCUCAUUUCCCACCCUGCUUGCCCUCGUUUCCCCACCUCUCACGCCCUCAAAAACGCUCCGAGCACGCUGGCAUUUCCCCAUCUGCUCCUCUUUUUUCCCCUGCUCCAGUUUUCGCCCCCUGCUCUCCACCCCACCUCUCUGCUCCUCUUUCUCCCCUCUACUCCUCUUGUCCCCCUCUGCUCAAGAUUCCCCCUCCAGCUCCUCUUUUCCCUUACUGCACCUCUUUCCACCCUCUGCUCCUCUUUUCCCCCACUGCCCCUCUGUUUCCCCCCUGCUCCACUUUCCCCCCCUUGCUCCUUUUUCCCUCUCUACUCCCCUUUCCCUCCUCUGCUCCUCUUGCAGCAGCUGCUGCUGCUGCUGCUGCUGCUACUACUGCUGCUUCUUCUGCUGCUGCUGCUGCUGCUGCUGCUCCUCUCCCCCUAUCCAUCUCUGCCUUCUCCCUGCCCCUCACCCUCUCCCCCAAUCCAUCUCUGCCUUCUCCCUGCCCCUCACCCUCUCCCCCUAUCCAUCCCUGCCUUCUCCCUGCCCCUCACCCUCUCCCCCAAUCCAUCUCUGCCUUCUCCCUGCCCCUCACCCUCUCCCCCUAUCCAUCCCUGCCUUCUCCCUGCCCCUCAACCUCUCCCCCAAUCCAUCUCUGCCUUCUCCCUGCCCCUCACCCUCUCCCCCAAUCCAUCUCUGCCUUCUCCCUGCCCCUCACCCUCUCCCCCUAUCCAUCCCUGCCUUCUCCCUGCCCCUCACCCUCUCCCCCAAUCCAUCUCUGCCUUCUCCCUGCCCCUCACCCUCUCCCCCUAUCCAUCCCUGCCUUCUCCCUGCCCCUCAACCUCUCCCCCAAUCCAUCUCUGCCUUCUCCCUGCCCCUCACCCUCUCCCCCUAUCCAUCCCUGCCUUCUCCCUGCCCCUCAACCUCUCCCCCUAUCCAUCUCUGCCUUCUCCCUGCCCCUCACCCUCUCCCCCUAUCCAUCUCUGCCUUCUCCCUGCCCCUCACCCUCUCCCCCUAUCCAUCCCUGCCUUCUCCCUGCCCCUCACCAUCUCCCCCUAUCCAUCUCUGCCUUCUCCCUGCCCCUCACCCUCUCCCCCUAUCCAUCCCUGCCUUCUCCCUGCCCCUAA